UCAUCUGCUGUUCACAAUGGUUCUGUUCGCGAUGAUUACGCGUGUUUCAGAUGGAAUGCCUUUGUCGGCUUCCACCGACCUCGACAUGCAUUUUGAGCUUAAAGAAAGCAAGAAGCUCGGCAAAAGUUUAGCGAGGAAAGCCAAUAAGUAUCCUACUAGAUGUGCCAUGCAAUGUGGAAAACAUAUGAUAUACUUUGUGAAGGCUGUUGGGGUUUGUUUCUUGGCUGUCUGUGAAGGAACCUAUCCUGCUGUUUUGGUUUUCUGUUUCCUUGAAGAGCUUCAGCGAGAGUUUGUGAUGACAUUUCAAAGUCAAGAUGUUCAAAGAGCAAAGAGACCAUAUUCAUUCAUAGAAUUUGGUGAGCGAUAUUCGCUAAUUGAUGAGAUUUUACAUCGGUCCAUGAAUUUUCUUUCAGGCCCAGCAAGACAUCUUGAACCCUUGACAUGGAAAAGUCUCACUGCCUGUGUUUUAGCAGGAAUUUGUGGACUUCUGAACUUUCUUAGAUGUUUGCCAUUUUUAAAUGUUAUAGUACUUGAUGAUGAAGCUAAUGAUACUUGGUUCUCGGCUGUUGGGUUUUUCCUUGCUGGUGUUUUGAACUGUUGCCAGCUUCAGCUCCUAUUGUUUUCUGUCAGAUGGAGGAUGCCACUGACCAGAUUAUUAUUUGCCCUGCUUCUCCUUUUGAUUUAUCUGCUACGAAGCCUUCGAAACAUCUGGCAAAUUCUCUUCCACCUGGCAGUUGCUGCCUUUGUAUUAUAUCAAACUACUAAGCGACAGCUACAGGCAAAGCCCCCUGAUUACAAUGUUUAGGAUCAAGAAUUCAGCAUGUAGAUAACACAGGUUUUAAUGGAGAAUUAUAUAAUAUAUAAAUCUGAAAAUGAAAGAAAUUUGACAUUACAAGCCUAGUGUAAGUAGUCAAAUAUUAUAAUUUGAAUAUAUCAACAAAGUUGAAAUGGUAAAUUGGCCACCGUUACGA